AUGGGUGUUCGAAUGGACUUUGCUUUCACUGAAUCCUGUUUCGGCGGAGAGAUGGAGUGUAUUUCUAAAGAAACGAAGGUCCACAAAUCAGAUGGUUGCAAAUCAACCAAUCGUAGUCUGACACCCCUCUGUGUGUUCGACACGUAUUUGUGUACUGAUUUUUGCCUAUCCGUUCUCACUCUGCUCGGCUUUUUAUUCUCCUUUCUCAAGCUUGGGCUCUUCUCUGGUUUCUUCUGUAUUAAGUUUCGAAGACAAGUAUCAAAGGUUAUUGGCAAACUGGAUCUGGAUCCGGUAGAUGAUAUCAAGGGUAAUAGCGCCCUUGAUCUUGCCAAGGAAAACAGAGUUUCUGCUCAGACAACAGAUAGGUGGAAGCAGAUGGGAUGCGAAGAGAAAAAGGCAGCAGUUCAUGCAGAAAUGAAAAGAGUGAACCAGCUCCCUGCAAACAGCAGUUAUGCAACGCAUCGCUUAAGGGUUCUUAACAAAGUGUUGCAACUUAUGUCAAUUCAGAGGACCCGAUCACAGGAUGAAGAGUUAGAGCUGCUAUUUGCUGGGCUAUCCCUGUGAAGAAUCAUCCAACUUGAAGAGAACUGAUUUUCAAAAUGUAGCGUCUAUAUCAAUCAACUAUGAAAAAGGAUGGAGGCAAAACCUUGUAGCAUAUACUCAGCAAUGACAAAAAUCUAUAGCUUACCAAUCAAAAAAAGAGAAAAAAAAUGACAAUAUCUAUUAGCUUACUGAUAUAUAAUGCUUGUGCAUGUAUACCAAGUUGUUAUUUGCUAUUUUGCGGAUUGGGGUUGAUGUGGAAAUAGUCUCUUGUAACCUUUUCCUUCUCUAUUGAGCGUCUGUGUGUGUGACGUCUCUAUACUGGAAAGUGGGAACCUUCAAGGGACCAAUCUUACUAGUAAACGAGUAAAAACUAUUUUGAUAUUUGGUU